AUGGAGCUCUGGAAUACCACCUUGGGAAGCAGCUUCAUCUUGGUGGGCAUUCUGAAUGACAGCAGGUUUCCUGAACUGCUCUGUGCCACAAUGACAUUCCUGUACAUGCUGGCCCUGACCAGUAAUGGGCUCCUGGUCCUUGUCAUCACAAUGGACAUGAGGCUCCAUGUGCCCAUGUACCUCCUGCUUAGACAGCUCUCUCUCAUUGACCUUCUUCUCACAUCAAGUAUCGCCCCCAAGGCCAUCACAGAUUUCCUGCGUGGAGAUAACACCAUCUCCUUUGGAGGCUGUGCCCUUCAGAUGUUGCUGGAGCUGAUUAUGGGUGGAGCAGAGGCUCUCCUUCUAUCGUUUAUGUCUUAUGACAGGUAUGUGGCUAUUUGUCAUCCUCUGAACUAUAUGAUCUUCAUGAGACCAAUUGUCCUUUGGCUCAUGGUGACAACAACAUGGAUCAUUUCCUCUGUGAGUGGUCUAGGAUAUACUAUGUACAUUAUGCAUUUUCCCUUCUGCAAGGGCCGGGAGAUUAAACAUCUGUUGUGUGAGAUCCCACCUGUGCUGAAGUUGGCCUGUGCAGACACCUCUAGAUUUGAGCUCAUGGUUUAUACAAUGGGUGUGAUAUUCCUGAUCCCCCCACUUUCUGCCAUUCUUGUCUCUUAUGCACUAAUUCUCUUCACUGUGCUCCACAUGCCCUCCAAGGAGGGGAGGAAGAAAGCCCUUGUCACCUGCUCCUCCCAUCUGACUGUGGUUGGACUAUAUUAUGGAUCUGGCAUAGUCAUGUAUGUCCUGCCCAGUUCCUUCCAUAGUCCCAAACAAGACAAUAUCGUCUCCUUUUUCUAUACACUUGUGACCCCAGCCCUAAACCCCCUUCUCUACAGCCUGAGAAAUAAGGAGGUCAUGGGGGCCCUGAGGAGGGUCCUUGGAAAAUACAUCCUGCCUUCACACUCCAGUGUUUAG